UGAACAUACGGGCCGAAUAGCACAGCUAAUCUUCACUGGGCAUCAGGGUUCACCUUCGGUCAAAAUCUUGUUCCAUUUCUUGCACGCCGCCUCCCUCCCACCCCGCUGUGCAGCGGCUAAUCUACUGCGUAUAAUUCUUAACGGUAUUCAUUGCGCCGCUUGGUCGCAGCUUUGCAUCAGCGUCAGCCGUUCUGGCCCGUGUCACCUGAAUCAAAGUGGGAAAGAGAGGCGCAAGAGGUUGAUUUGUCCCACGUCAACUUUUGGACUUCAGCGAGCAGGAACGAUGAACCACAGCAAGGAUGAAUUGGAACCUUUUGAGUAUUCCUACUAUGAUUAUUCCGACUGGUACUCGGAUAACGCAGAGCCUACAAAGCCUCCCAAAGAGGUCAUUCCACCGUGUGACCCAACAGCGAAUGACGCAAUCUUUCACACAUGCAUGCUCUCUAUAUCGCUGGUGAUUGUGCUAAUUCUGGCAGCUCUGACCCGAAGAAAUCAAUUCUGCCGAGGAUUUACACGAGGAUCCUCCAGUAUCUUGAGUCCAACCAACUUCCUGGAUCAGACACAGAGCAAAGGUGUGGCGAUGGCUGUGUUUGGACUGCUGUUCAGCAAACUGGCCAUGCUGGUGAUUGCACCUGAUCCCCUGCCUUUCUCCAAAGACACAGCAGCUGAUAUCAAAGAGCUCAUGAAGAUAGCGGCCAUCUUCUACUAUCCGGUUCUCUACUACCCUCUGAUGGUUUGUAGCACUCUGCAGCAUAAGGCCGGUUAUGUGUUUGGCUCGUUGCUCUCCGUCAGCCAUUUUGGCAUUCAGCUGUGGCAAAAGUUGGACUGCCCAAGGACUCCGGAGCUGUAUAAGUUCUACUCUUUGCUAGCAAGUUUGCCUCAGCUGGCCUGCCUGGCGUAUCUUUGCGUCCGGUUUCCUUUGCUGUUUUUCAGAGGAACAAAGACCGAAGAGGACCUCGAAAGCUCCUAUUACAGCGACUAUGUCAAAGCCCUUCUCAAAAAGAAGGAGCCAACAGCAGUCAGGUCCUCGUCGUCUGACAAAGCAACACCGGUGGAGAGACUACUGGCAGUGACUAAGAGUUAUAUUUAUAUUCCAGAAAAAGUUUUUCGUUUCCCUCUAAAGCUGGCCGUAUCCGUAUUUGUAGCUUUGGUGGCCAUAUACCAUACAGCCCUACUGUUAGUCGUCUUGGUUGUCCCGACUCUCCACAUUGUCCGUGCCGGUAUUGACGAGAACAUUGCCUUCCUCUUACUGGGAUUUGGGAUCAUCCUCUCCGAUGACAGAAUGGAGGUCGUCCGAAUUGUCACUUUCUACACUUGGCUGCUGGAAGUCUGCUACCUCUGUGCAAUGACCCUGUCUUGUGUGGUCAGUCUGGUGAUGCUCAUGAGGGCCAUGGUACUCCACAGGUCAAACCUGAGGGGACUGUACAAGGGUGAAAUCUACAACCUCUACAACAGUCAGAAGAGCCUUCGUCCAUCUAGAUCGGGCGUUUUGUGUUGGAUGGGCUUGACUGGAUACCAAGCUGCGAUCGUCUGUCUGGGUAUGGCAAUCCAGACGGUGGUGUUUUUCAUCUGCUUCUUGUUCCUGGUCUUCCUUAUCAUCAUCCCCAUCUUUUACGGACGCAACCUCAUGGUCUUCGAGAUUGCCGGCAAGGCUUGGCCUGCGUGGGUUACGGUGAUCCUGGUCACUGUGCUUCAGCAUGUCGCUGCCAAAUUUGCCUUUGUCAAAAAAGAUGCUGGCACCCGAGACUUAAAUAACAGGGGGAGUUUGUUCCUUCUGACUUAUCUGUUAUUUCUCAUCAACACCGUGGUGGGGCUCAUAGUGGCGAUAUGGCGAAUGGUCAUCACGGCACUGUACAACAUUGUGCAUCUUGGCCGUGUGGACAUGAGUCUGCUGCACCGCGCUGCAGAAAACUAUGACCCAGCAUAUCAUUAUUACACACAAUUUCUGAAGACGGAGGUGAGCCAGACACACCCGGUGUUGAAAGCUUUUUGUGGACUGCUGCUGAACGUCACGGUUGAAGGUGGCCGAGCAGGCCAGAAAAUACGAGAUGCAGAGGAAGCCUGCUCUAUGUUUGCAGGGAUCCAAGAAAGCUCGCCGAGCAGAUCGACCGGCGGUCGUAGGAUUCGCUCCCGCUGGCAGCUGGUGUACACGUUGGUCAACAACCCGUCCCUCCUGGGCUCCAGGAAGCACUUCCAGACAACGCAGAGCAUGGAGAGCGUCUUCAACGGCAGCCCAAAACGCAGCAAGCAGACAAACAGCAAGAGGGAGGCGAGCAAGGCGUCAUCCGCUGAGCCAUCCGAUGAGAACCAAGAUAAAACCCGUUGAGAAGCUCAUUGCCGCAGCGCUGUAAACUAUUGUCGAAAUUAUGUCAGAAGGAAGUCGGGCGCUUAGAUGAUAUUUGUUAAAAAAAAAAAAGUGAGAAGCUAAUUUGCACGACUGUGCUACCGUCCAUGAUUUAUAACACGGUUGAGCCUCGUUUCAAUGUCCCCUGUUGACGUUUUCACUCACAUUUCAAAGUCCCAAUUCCACGUAAAUCGUUUUCCAUUUGCCGAUUUUGCUUACACCGGCACCUUUAUAACAUAAAUGUCUUUUCAACGACCAGAUUUCCCCCCGCAAAAUAGAGAAAAGCUCAUCGUUACAACGAACCGCGAGAAGCUAACUGCCGCCGCCGACCUUCCCGAUGAACAAGAUAUCCCACGUGAGAUUCCCCCUCCGUUGCUUAGCAACACUACUGAUCGACUCGUACAUGGUUGUACUUCCGGAAGCACGGCGCGAUCAUGAGCGCCGUUGCCUACGGCGAGUAACAUUUGCUGACUGAAUGUUUCCAAAGAGGAAGUAGGAGCGCUCCUGUGGUUUGUUUCAUGUCUUAUAAAAUCUUUUUUUUUCUUCAUACGGUAUAUUUGUAAUUGACGUGUAUACUGCCUAACAUGUUUAUACACCUAUAAACGCUCAUACUGUAUUAUACGUCGUAGCUCGCAGCCAUUUUAUGAUUUUAUUUCGAUUACCAGGAACUACCGUUGUACUGUGCAGAUUUGUUACGUCCGUCGCGGUACGUUGUCACGAGGCUCGACUGUACCGUCCGUGCAUAUUACGAUCACAAGUCGAAGUAACCCAACAGUGCACGUCUCGGUCAUAAAUGCAAUGAGCAAAGCUGUUGUCAUUUACAAAUAAAGGUGGCGGAUUUUA